CGUUUCGUAUUCGCGUGUUGUGUACUUCUUCCAGCACCUGUACGAUUUUAGCAUAUGUCGCAGAGGCAGCAGGAGCUGUUCAACACAAAUCUCUGUUGAGGAAAGUUGCGAGUGUACUGACUUUUUUGUCGGUUUUGAAAGUGCUAGUUCACGCUAUGUCUGGACAUGGUCACGGGCAUGGUCACGGGCAGGGCUGCUGCGAGUGCGAGCACGAGCCCGCGGAGCGAGGAGUGGAAUAUGAGCUUUACAGACGCAUUGACAUCGAGAAGCUUCAGUGUCUGAACGAGAGCAGAGAUGGAGACGGUAAACUGGUGUUCAAGCCCUGGGAUCAACGCACCGACAGGAAUAAGUUUGUUGAAAGCGAUGCUGACGAGGAGCUUCUGUUCAAUAUACCGUUUACAGGUAGCGUGAAGCUGAAAGGGAUCAUCAUUUCUGGGGAAGAUGAUGAGUCUCAUCCAGCUGAAAUCAGACUGUUUAAGAACAUACCCCAAAUGUCGUUUGACGAUACAAGCAGAGAGCCAGAACAAGCAUUUCGUCUAAACAGGGAUCCGCGGGCUGAGCUUGAGUAUCCGACCAAGAUUGCGAGAUUCUCCAAUGUGGAGCACUUAUCGAUUCACAUAUCUCGAAAUUUUGGAGCAGAAUCUACUCGUGUGUAUUACAUUGGCCUGCGAGGAGAGUACACGCAGGCUCACAGGCACGAGGUGACAAUCUGCAACUAUGAAGCAGCAGCAAACCCAGCAGAUCACAAAGUGGAGAGCAUUACACCUCAGACACAAUUUAUAUCAUGACAGAAGGAGGAGGCAGAGGCCCGUGCGUGCUGUGUGAAGCUGUAAAGGUGUGCUUGGGUUUUGAUAACAGUGAGAUGAUGGACUGAUGUGGAUUGAAUUACGAGGGUUUGUUUAUCUGCAAUCCUGCUAAAGUGCCAAUUAACAUGAAGCAUCGUUACUUCAUGUAUGCUUCUCAUCAAAUAAACUAUUCUUCAGCUAAUAA